AUGAUAUUUAGUAAGGGGCAUGUAGAGAAUUAAGAGUUUUGGAACAAAUCUGAUAUUCCUACAUUUGAUCAAGAGGAUUUUUAAAAUGUUUAGGUGUUAAUGGGAAACUUUACAAAAGUUGGAAAGACAUUUAAAUAAAGAUGUGUCAGAACUUACUUUUUGGUCAAACAAUUUUUAUUAUAUUCUGAUGUAGGAAAAGGGAAUUAGAUUAAAGGAUUUGUGUAGUUAGAUACUGUAUAUUGUUAAUUUCAUCAAUUUGAAUAAGGAUUAGAAAUAUCAUUGAUAAAUAAUGGUUAUUAAAUACAUCUAUAUACAGACGAUAUCUAAUAAUAUAAUAUAUGGGUGGAAGCAUUAUCUAAUUGUUGUAUUCUAAGUGAUUUUGAUAAAACAUAUAAAUUAGGAGCAUAAAUAGGUUAAGGAAGCUUCUCAACAGUAAAUCUAUAUAAUAUUAUUUAUAGGUUCAUUAAUGUUAGAACAAAGAAGGGGAGAGUUAUGCUGUAAAGAUCAUCAAGAAGCAAACAAUAAAAUAAAUUAACAAAAAUAAGAAUUAUGAAGAAUAGUUAUUAAAUGAAAUAUAAGCUUUGCGCAUGUUUAAUCAUCCUAAUAUCUUAAAAUUGUAUAGGGUCUAUGAAAACUAAUUAAAUAUUUAUUUAUUAACUGAAUAUAUUGAUGGACCUGAAUUAGUAUCAUAACAAUCAUCAAAGAAAGUUUAUUCAUAGGAAGAUUUAAGAAUAAUGAUUUUCAACAUUCUAAGUGCGAUAGAAUAGAUUCAUUUAUAAAAAGUUAUGCAUAGAGAUAUUAAACCAUAGAAUAUUUUACUAAAUGGUAAUGACAUUUAAAGACCUGUGAUAAUUGAUUUUGGAUUAGCAGCUUUUACUUGGCAAAAAUCUAUACCAUUUCCUUAAUGUGGAAGUCCAGGGUAUGAUUUCUAAAUAACUAUAAGAUAUUCUGCUCCUGAGGUAUUGAAAUAUGAAGAAUCUAAGAAAACUUAUAAUUAAUAAUGUGAUAUAUUUAGUAUUGGAAUCACUUUAUUUGUUGUAUUAUAUGGAUAUAAUCCAUUUAAAUAAAAUGAUUUAAAAUAAACAAUCAAGAAAAAUACAGAAGCUUAUUUUGAAAUACCUGCAUCCAAAUAUCCAAAAACAUGUAUUUAAUAUAUAAGAUUAUGAAUUUAGUAGAGAAUUUAAUUUGUUAAAUGACCAAGAAAUAUCCAAAGGACAGAAUAACAAUAAGUGAAGCUUUAAAUCAUUAAUUUUUUAAAACGCCCUUUUUUUGUUAAAUAUCAUUACCCAAAUAAAUUGUAUCAAAACAAUAUCAUGAUAUAAAUACAAAAGGUGAAACUCAUAUGCAUAUGCAUGCUAGUAUGGAAAUGGAUUAAGGAAUUCAUUAUGUUAGUUAAGCAAAUACAUAAACAACUCCUUAAAAUUUUGGUAAUAAAAACAGAACAAUAUCAAUUUUAAGUGUUCCUAUCAGUCGAAAAAGUUAAGAAUAUUUAAAACAAUAAGAAAUUAGUUCAUUUUCUAGAGCAUCUAAUGAAAAAGAAUAAAAUUAAUUUGAUAAAUUUGGCAUUCGUCUUCCAUCUAAGACUCUACCUUAACAAAAAAACUAACAAUAUGAAUUUGAAGAUGAAUAUCAACUAAACAAUUAUGAACAUGAUAAUAAUUUCGUUGAUCAAGAACAUUUACAUAAACUAAACUUCUCGAUUAAUUCAAAACUAUUCUAAACAUCUAAACUUAAUAUCCAUAAAAAUGAUAAUUGUUUAUGA